UCGAAAUAAUAAUUAAAAAAAUCCCAUUAAUAAGAAAACGAAAGAAUUUAUCAGGAAAAAAAAAAAAAAGGAAAAAAAAAAAGAACUUAUGGCAAAAGUAAGCCGAAAGUUAUAUACCAAAGUGGUAAUAUAGCUAUAUUUCCCAAUUCUCUCUAUCUCAUAGAUUUUUUGGGAAUUCUCCUGGAAACCAAACGUGAAGAUUUUUUGGAUCUGAAGUUGCAGGUGAGAGGUUGGAAAGUUUGUGUUUUUGGAAUCUGAGGGAUCUGGGUAUGUGCAAUUAAGUGGGAGUUUCUUAGAAUUUGAAGGAGUGAAGAUGGAGGAUGAGAAGAAGAAGAAGAAAAACAAGAAAAAGAAGAACAAACAGACUAAAAAUGUGGCGGAGGAGGUUGUGGUUGGCAGAGGAGAAACAUCUUCGGUAGAUCAGAAUCAUAGCAAUGGGAAGGAUGAUCAGGGCCAAGUUUCUGAGGCUGCAGAUGUUCGAAAUGAUGUGCAUGAUGUGGAUGCUGAUCUCCAUAGGCAUCAACCCAAUGGCACUGAAUGUUCCACUUUAGCUGAAUCUGAACAACAACAGUGGCUCCAAAGAGUGGCUACCUUAGAAGAAAUAAUCAAGCAAUUACAAACAGAAAAAGAUAUGCACAUACAGAGAGAGGCUAGCUUAGAAAAUACGAUUGAACAAUUGCGGAAAGAAAACAACUCACAUUUACAGAAAGAGGCUACCUUUGAAGAUGCAGUCAAACAAUUACAAGAUGAAAAUAAUUCUCAUUUACAGAAAGCUGUAGCUAGUCUAGAGAUGAAAAUUCGUCAGUUACAGGAUGAAAAAGAUUCCUUAUUGCAGAAAGAGGUGCAGGUUGGAUUGGAGGAGAAGAUCAACCGGUUAACAGAUGAAAAAAUCACUUGGGAUUUGAAAGAGGCAAGCUUACAGGAAAGAAUUAAACAUCUAGAGGGAGAAAAAGAUUCCUUGAUGCUGAAGGAGGAUAUUACUAAAGAAUCAAUUGCUAAUCUGAAUCAUGAUAUAGCUAGACUAAGAGUGCAGGUGCUGGAGUUAGAAGAAUCCAGAAACAAUGUCUUACAAGAAAACCAGCAACUGGUGGCUCAACUUCAGUUGCAAAUUAAGGAUUUUGAGACUAUUUCCUCAACUCAGCCAUCAGAUGAAGUAACAAAGCAACCUUCGGAGCUUGAGGAUUUGAACUCUCAGGUAGAAGCAGCAUGUGCACUGGUCGAGAAAUUGAUUACAGAAAAUGCGGACCUUGUUGAAAAGGUGAAUGAGCUGUAUGUUGAGCUUGAUCGACAUACUGCAAUUGCUCGCCUUUCCUCGACUGCUAGUGCUCCUGAUCCCAUGUCUCCUGUAACUACAAGUGUUCCAGAUCCCUUAUCACCGAUCAAGGAGAAUACUGUGUCUAUAUCAAUUCAAAAGUCGGAUUCAGUUGAAGGAAUUCCAGUUAAAGAGGAAAGGAACGGUAUUAGUAAAACAGAUUCUGAUCAUGCUGAUGAAAUUCUCAAAUCUUCAACAUCUGAUGCAUCUAGUGAAAUUGUCCAAAUUCCAUUGGAAGAGAAUGCAGUUCGAGAUUUAGAGUUGCAGGUUGCUGAAACUGAUACAGAGGCUGUUGUUCCACUCUCAGAGGCUCCCUUAAUUGGCGCCCCUUUCCGGUUAGUGUCGUUUGUUGCUAGAUAUGUUAGUGGUUCUGACUUGGUGAACAGAAAUUCUUUUGACUCUAAUCGUUAACUUGGAGGCAUGAUUCUCCUGUUUUUGUAAUGUGUAGAAGGAAGAAAAUACUUUUGAACUAAAAAAAAAAAAAAAAAAAAGGCAUAGAUGAGCCUUUAUUGUGGCCAUUAUAUGCUGUUUCUUCUCUUUGAAGAUGCGAGCUUCUCAAGUUGAGAAAGUGUAGGAUGCAGAGUUUCAAUUUUCAAAGUAUUACAUACAUGUUGCCCUCUUUUUAAAUGUUGGGCUCUGGAUUAUGACUUUGUAUUUUAACAAUUCAGAUUAUAUCAAAAGCCGAUAUGGAUGUUUUUUUAGUCCCA